GAUGGCGCUAGGGUUAACUCGGGUCCGUCGCUUGCGGCUGGCUCUGGAUGGCUCCGAAAAGAAAAGCAAAUGCCGGCGCAUCAUCUUCCUCUUGUUCCAACAACACUCGUUUCACCACCCGUGCCAAUGAGGAGUGGUACGAGGAAAGGAAGAAGUGGAAAAUCGUGGAAGAAAAAACUGUACACUCGGAUAUCGAUGCGGAUUUUCACCUCACUGAAGUGUUCGCCCGGUUUGGAUGGGCAAUGAUGCUAACUUUGACCGGAGCAUAUUAUCCCCGGUUGGUCCGGGAGUUUUAUGCUAAUAUCACCGACAAAGAAACCGGAUUCGCGGAGAUCCAAACAAUGGUCAAAGGAAGAAACAUCAAGGUUGACCCGGAACUCCUCUCAAACAUCCUAGAGAUAAGCAAUGCAGGCCCCACUUUGGAGUACAAUCAAAGUGGCAUUCUUAGUGACAAAACAUACAAUGAGGUGGCGGCAAGACGGUUCUUUGGGCUCGAAACAAGCUUUAAUACCAAAUACUUAUGGGACAUCCACACACGCCUCAUUGUCUAUCUCAUUGGUUUCAACAUCGUUCCCCAUGCUAGCGACCGCCACAAAGUCCGAAAGAUUGAUCUUUACCUUCUUCAAAAGAUGCUAGUCGGGCUAGGGGAUAUAGAAGGAAUACCACUACCUCGCCUCAUCAUCAAAAACAUGAAAACGGUGGUACUCUCCAAAAAAGGUGAAAAAAUUUUUUGUCACCCUCUUUUACUCACUAAAAUUUUCAGGCACUUUCGGGUAGACUUUGAUGGUGAGGAAGUUGCGUACACCACCAAAUCUAAUGUUUUGGACAAAGAUACUAUGGGUGCACUCAAAUACAAAUUGUCCAACUCCGGGAAAUGGUAUUUCCCCGAAGGCAUUGGUUUGAAGAGAGAUGGCAAUGUGUCGGAAGAGGAACGUGAAGAUGAAGCCAUGGAAGAUGCUCACGAUGAUGACGUUGCACCCGAACCACUGGUGCCACCACACACUACCGACCCCGCACUAGCAUACUUGGUUCAUUCCAUGGCUCAAAUGCACACGCGGAUGGACGAGCAAGAAGCACGCCAACAGAGGUUUGAGGAGCGGUUCGACAUAUUCACCAAAUACUACUACUCCCAACAUGGGUAUCCCCCUCCCGAUCCACACCAUUGACUCCCCCUUGCUCUUAUUUCAUUUUCCCAUGACAUUACUUUCCUCUAAAC